AUGUUUCAUCUUCCACCACCACCUCGUUUUACACUUCCACCACCACCAAUGCUUGCAUCAGACGUUAUUGAUAGAAAAAUUCGAUUUCGAUUAACAUGUUCGUCAAUUCGACAACAACAACAUCGACAAACGACUAAUCUUCGCUUGAUUAUAAUCAGCUGCAUUAGUUUUCUUAUUGUUAUUAUUCUCUUAUUUAUAAUAAUCAAAUUCUAUCGUCGACGAAGAUCUUCACUUUAUGAUAAUGAAUCAAAACCAUCAAAUAAUGUAUCAAUAAGUAGUAGUCGUUCAUAUGAAACAAUUUCAACUGAACAUACGAGUGGUUAUAUUGAAUCUAAAUAUACAUCAGCAACAACUUUUUCAACAAAUCCAAAUAAUGUUUUAUGUGUUUAUUGUCAUCAAGAACGUGAUUAUUCAAAUACUUCUUUAACACCAUACUAUCAUACACUUGAAAUUCCUUCUUCGUAA